CAAAAUGGCGUCAAAUAGCUCUGUCUAGUUUUAUGUUCAAUUCUGCUGAGAUAUGAUUUACACAAUUCACAUGUUCAUAUUGGCACUAUGUUCAUUUGCGCAGUUAAGUGUUUGUGACCUAAGUACAGCAUCGCCUAUACAGAUAUCCGAUGCUGCUAUCAAUAAAACAUUAUCAAAAAAGCUUCUUUCUCGGAGACGAGGCUUAAUACCAAAAUCAAGAAGACGCGGUGAUACUUAUUCGCAACUGCUUCAGACAGCUAACUCAAAGAAACUUUGGAACCAAAUUAUACAAAAACAUAAAUUAGCUACUGAAAAACGAUCGCUAGCUGAUAUACCAAGUACAAGAAGGACUUCAACAAGAAAUAACAACCAGGACUCACAAAAGUUUCCCACACACGGUAGAAAAAAUGACAGCUGGUCACAAUCAAAUGCUGGAGCAAAAUCGAGUCUACGGCGACGUCGAAGGUGGGAUUACGACGAGAAUUACGACUGGGAAAAUGGAGGAAAAGACUAUGUUAUUCCGGGUGAUGAGCCAAGGAAGGAAACAAAGUUCGAAAAAUUUGCCAAAAGUUGGCAGAAACAUGCACUAAAAGUAAUAUUUCUGUUUUCAUUCGUCUGCAUGCUUUGCUGUUGUUGCCUGGCUAUAUGCAAGAAAUUCUGCAGUAAGGUUUGUGAGACAGUCUGCUGGCAUCUGAGAGAUUAUAGGGAAAUGUGCUUGAACAGGGAUCCAUCCUAUCGUAAGGCCCGCAAGUUUGCUGACGACUAUGGGAUAGAGCUUGACUAUGACAUGUACACUAAAAUAAAGAAAAAUUAUGAGGAGGGUUUUCAGCGUGGAGGUCAUGACGAGUACAGAGACCUGUCUGGGAGAUAAAACAAUAAUAACAUGUAUUGGAGUUUUCUUGAUGGAGGAACUUUGGCAUUCAACAACGAUAACUGCUUUGUCAAAACAAAAAUACAGAGAAAAAGUGACAAUACCCUGUAUAGCAGAAAUCCAGUUUUGGUCUGGUUGUAUGCAAUUAAAACCGGUGUUUACAAAUAUUUCUGUGAUAAUUUAUACCAUUAAAACUUUUGUCAGUAAUAAUUUCAAAUGUAUGUCUAAAAGUAUGAAGGCCAGCUGUAACUUAAAUUACCGGUAGUAGUUCUAUGUCCCAUGAUAACUUAUGUUUACAAACAUGACUAUAAAAUAUAUAUAUUAAAAUGGAACAUUAUAAGGGAAUUCAACAUUUUUCUAACAUGUUAAAAUCUAAAUAUUUCUAGUUUUAGUCCCAAUUAAGAAUAAGCUCAGAGGUAAAGCAUAACUGUCCAUGUUAGACAGAUCUUUUGCUAUGUGGGUUCGAAACUCAGAAUGAAAGUUAUAUUUUUAUUUCAUUUUUGCAUAAAAAUUUUAGAUUUCUUCAUGUGCUCUGUGACAACACAACAGAGAAAUAUCUAAAGCCGAUCGAUAUGGCAGAUGAGAAAGGUUUAGCAUCAUAUCAAAGAUGAUAUUAAUUAAAUGCAUAUGCACUUAAGGAUGUACGAGCGUUUUUUCAGGAUAUCCGCCAUUUUGAAAAAUGUUUCUUCGAAUUUUGCUUUUCUAACAAAAGUUUUGCCAAAAAAUAAUGAUGUAUAAUUAAAAUAUGGCUAAUAAUGUACCAUUUAACCAAACAGAUUCUACUUUUUGCGAAAACAAAUUUUUCGACCUUAUUUUUGGCUGGCAUUUGCCUAAAAUUGACGUAAAAUUUACAAUGGGGUAGGGGUAGGUGAUUUCAAAUAUCAACUAAAGUAGAUCAGUUUUGGUUUUGAUAUUUUCCUGAAUGAUACAUAUAAUAAUAAGCUACAAUUGAGAUAAAAGUUUUAAAGAUAGCACUUUAUAGUAUCUAGAAAAUAUAAAUUAGAACCAAAAAUAUCAAAAUUCACCAGUUUUUAACAGUUUUUUCUUAAUAAAUCUCUUAGAUGCAUGGUGACCCCAACUUUUUUUCUUUCCAAUAUGAAGCAAUUUUGUGUGUCAUUAAAGCUGCAAAACAUUUUGAAAAUCUUAGUAAUAGCGUCAGAAUUUUUUUUGUAGAUACAAAUACUUUUUCUUCCAUUGAAAAUAAAGUGGGUGGGGUAAUUAUGUCAACAUGUAAAAAUGAAAGAGAUUUAUUAGUGACAUUAAUUUUAUGCUUACAUAAUACUGACAUCACCUUGUUUUCAUAUUAACCUGUAAGACCCGAAAUCCCUAUAAUAUUAAGUGAGAUAUUAUAUGUUUUAUAAAGUACCACCAUUUUUUCAGUUUUACAAAAUUUCAGAAAUGCUUAAACAGUAGGUGAAGGAAAUGCCCUAUAAAAUUAAAACGAGUUUGGUGACCUAUGUUUUUUCUUCUCUUGUUUGUCUUGGAAACUAAAGUUCUUUAAGCUCACAGUGUAUGAAACAAUUCUUAACGUUAGAAAAAAUUCUCUCCUACAUCCUUAAAGGGAAUUCCUAUAGUUUUUUAUGUGCAUCUUUCUGCGCAGCCGAUACUUUCUAUGGAAAAAGUGAAGUGAACUUAACAUUUGUUGAAACAUGUGAUAGACAAUCUUAAAUAUGAGGAAUCUUGUAUAAAUAAGUUUUAUCAGUAAUCAAAUGUUGAUACUGUUUUAUGCUGUAUUGACAUGUAUCAUGCCUGACAUAUCAUGCAUCUUGCCAUUAAAUGAUUAAUAUUUUGUGGCUGUGUUUUGACAAAGCAUUUUAGUACAAAGACAGUAUUGUUCAUAUAAUGUUAGACAAUCAACUUUGUAUUGAUAAUUUAAGACAAUAUCUCCUUUCAAAUCAUUUAGUAUUCAAUUAUAGAAAGGAUUAAGAAGUUUUUUAACUUCUAUAGCAGAUAUAAUCAAUUUGGUUGAAAUAAUGAAAUUCAGGCCAUUUUUUCGUCUCAACACUCACCGGGUGUUGUAUUCAAGCGGUCUUAACAUACAAUUUAGCCUAAUGACACAUACCUUUUUGGCCAUUUUUAUGUUCACAAUACAAUUAUCUAUAUAUACAAAAGGAAAACAGAAAAAAUAAAACAUUUUUUUUUCAAAAUUUAAAAAAAUAUUCUUUACUAUAUUUUUCAUUGAAAAAAGUUCACAAAAGUGAAGAUGAAACAGUUUUUUUUUAUCCCCCGACGAAAGUCGGAGGGAUAUAGUUUUGGCGUUGUCCGUCCGUCCGUCUUUCCGUCCGUCCAUCCGUCCUUCCAUCCGUCCGUCCGGAGCCAUAUCUAGGAAAUGGUUGGGAAUAUUUAUUUAAAACUUCAUAUACGUGUUCACCACUAUGAGUUCUUGUGGCCCGUCAAGUUUCAGUCAGAUUGCCCAAGUAACACCAGAGUUAUGGCCCUUAGAAGUUUCUAGUGUUAACUAUAUAGGGUACUAUAAAUAUGGCAAUUUCUGCAUCAUAACUUUUGAUAUAUUUGACCUUGAACUAUGAAACUUUAACAGAAUUUAGAGCACUAUAAUGUGGUUGUGCACACACAAUUUCGUAUGGAUUUCUUUUGUAACUGCAGCGUUAUUGCCCUUUAAUUGUCUAAAAAUCCACAUAUUUGUACAUAACAAACUUGCCAUUUGGCAGAAUUACAUUAAAUUUCUUUCAUUCUUUUCUGUGAACAUUUAUUAUAAACAUGUGAAGUUGCGCACCCACACCUGGUCGCCCACUUGUCUUGGUCACCGAGGUGAUCCCGGGGUCAAAAUUGAACCCGCCCCAGGGGUCACUUGAUUUUACAUAGGAAAAUCUUAUAAAAUCUUCUGUUCAAAAACCAGAAGCCCUAGAGCUUAGAUAUUUGACUUGUAGCAUUGCCUAGUGGACCUCUACUAAAGUUGUUCAAAUCAUGACCCCGGGGUCAAAAUUGACCCCGCCCCAUGGGUCACUUGAUUUUACAUAGGAAAAUCUUCAAAAAAUGUCUAAAAAUAAACCAAAAUAAACCAGAAGGCCUAGAGCUUAGAUAUUUCACAUGUAGCAUUGCCUAGUAGACCUCUACAAAAUUUGUUCAAAUCAUGACCCCCAGGGUCAAAAUGACCCCGCCCCAUGGGGUUACUUCAUUGUACAUAGAAAAAUCUUCAAAAUUUUCUAAAAAUAAACCAGAAGGCCUAGAGCUUAGAUAUUUCACAUGUAGCAUUGCCUAGUGGACCUCUACAAAAUUUAUUCAAAUCAUGACCCCUGGGGUCAAAGUUGACCCCACUCCAGGGGUCACUUGAUUUUACUUAGGAAAAUCAUUUAAAAUUUUUUUAAAAUAAACCAGAAGGCCUAGAGCUUAGAUAUUUCACAUGUAGCAUUGCCUAGUGGACCUCUACAAAAUUUGUUCAAAUCAUGACCCCUGGGGUCAAAAUUGACCCCACUCCAGGGGUCACUUAAUUUUACUUAGGAAAAUCAUUAAAAAUUUUCUUAAAAUAAACCAGAAGGCCUAGAGCUUAGAUAUUUCACAUGUAGCAUUGCCUAGUGGACCUCUACAAAAUUUGUUCAAAUCAUGACCCCUGGGGUCAAAAUUGACCCCACUCCAGGGGUCACUUGAUUUUACUUAGGAAAAUCAUUAAAAAUUUUCUUAAAAUAAACCAGAAGGCCUAGAGCUUAGAUAUUUCACAUGUAGCAUUGCCUAGUGGACCUCUACAAAAUUUGUUCAAAUCAUGACCCCUGGGUCAAAAUUGACCCCGCUCCAGGGGUCACUUGAUUUUACAUAGGAAAAUCUUCAAAAAAUCUCUAAAAAUAAACUAGAAGGCCUAGAUCUUAGAUAUUUGACAUGUAGCAUUGCCUAGUAGACUUCUACAAAAUUUGUUCAAAUCAUGACCCCCGGGGUCAAAUUGACCCCGCCCCAUGGGGUUACUUGAUUGUACAUAGAAAAAUCUUCAAAAUUUUCUAAAAAUAAACCAGAAGGCCUAGAGCUUAGAUAUUUGACUUGUAGCAUUGCCUAGUGGACCUCUACAAAACUGGUUCAAAUCUUGACCCAGCCCCAGGGGUUACUUGAUUGUACAUAGGGAAAUCUUUAUAAAUUUGCUAAAAAUAAAGCAGAAGGCCUAGAUCUUAGAUAUUUGAUAUGUAACAUUCCCUAGUAGACUUCUACAAACUUUGUUCAAAUCAUGACCCCCAGGGUAAAAUUGGCCCCGCCCCAGGGGUUACUUGAUUGUACAUAGAAAAAUCUUCAAAAUUUUCUAAAAAUAAACCAGAAGGCCUAGAGCUUAGAUAUUUGACAUGUAGCAUUGCCUAGUGGACCUCUACAAAAUUGGUUCAAAUCUUGACCCCCCAGGGUCAAAUUGACCCAGCCCCAGGGGUUACUUGAUUGUACAUAGGGAAAUCUUCAUAAAUUUGCUAAAAAUAAACCAGAAGGCCUAUUUCUUAGAUAUUUGAUAUGUAACAUUUCCUAGUAGACUUCUACAAACUUUGUUCAAAUCAUGAACCCUGGGGUAAAAUUGGCCCCGCCCCAGAGGUUACUUGAUUGUACAUCGGAAAAUCUUCAAAAUUUUCUAAAAAUAACCCAGAAGGCCUAGAGCUUAGAUAUUUGACAUGUAGCAUUGCCUAGUGGACCUCUACAAAAUUGGUUCAAAUCUUGACCCCCCAGGGUCAAAUUGACCCAGCCCCAGGGGUUACUUGAUUGUACAUAGGAAAAUCUUCAUAAAUUUGCGAAAAAUAAACCAGAAGGCCUAGAUCUUAGAUAUUUGAUAUGUAACAUUUCCUAGUAAUCUUCUACAAACUUUGUUCAGAUCAUGACCCCCGGGGUAAAAUUGGCCCCGCCCCAGGGGUUACUUGAUUGUACAUCGGAAAAUCUUCCAAAAAAUUUCUAAAAAUCAUCAGUUUGACAUUAGAAACAUGUAGCUUAUAUUACUCUGGUGAGCGAUCCAGGGUCAUCAUGACCCUCUUGUUUUUCAUUUUUAAUUUUCCAUCAAUAUUUAUAAUCAACAUGUGAAAUUUUGUUUCCUCUCCCGUUCCCCGUUCCCCCGCACCCCCACACCCUUAAAAAAUAAAUAUAUAUACAUAUAUAUAUAUUUCCAUUCCUUUUUAUGCCCCCGAAGGGAGGCAUAUAGUUUUUGAACCGUCUGUCCGUCUGUCAGUCUGUCGGUCUGUCAGUCUGUCCGCAAUUUUCGUGUCCGGUCCAUAUCUUUGUCAUCAAUGGAUGGAUUUUCAAAUAACUUGGCAUGAAUGUGUACCACAGUAAGACAAUGUGUCGCACGCAAGACCCAGGUCCGUAGCUCAAAGGUCAAGGUCACACUGACUUUAAAGGUCAUUUUUCAUAUAGUGCAUUCCUGUCCGGUCCAUAUCUUUGUCAUCGAUGGAUGGAUUUUCAAAUAACUUGGCAUGAAUGUGUACCACAGUAAGACGACAUGUCGCACGCAAGACCCAGUUUCGUAGCUCAAAGAUCAAGGUCACACUUAGACGUUAAAGGUCAUAUUUCAUGAUAGUGCAUUGAUGGGCGUGUCCGGUCCAUAUCUUUGUCAUUCAUGCAUGGAUUUUAAAAUCAUUGGGCAUGAAUGUGUACCACAGUAAGACAACGUGUCGCGCGCAAGACCCAGGUCCGUAGCUCAAAGGUCCUAAACUCUAACAUCGGCCAUAACUAUUCAUUCAAAGUGCCAUCGGGGGCAUGUGUCAUCCUAUGGAGACAGCUCUUGUUUUUUUUUUUUUUUUAAUGUUCAAACCUUCAACAUGUUAAGUUGUGACUGCACAAGCCUUGCCCUCAGUCAUGUUCAAGAUAUCUUACCAGUGUUCUCAUAAGGACAUCUGUUUUUUUAAGUUCAAAUGUACAUGUUAAACAACAACACCUGUUGCCAAACCACUCAAAGACAAUAUUCCGUUCCAAUUAAACUUCAAGCUCAUAUUUCAAUUAACUGCAUUCAAUUUUAAAAGCUAAGCUUGUUACAGUAAGCAUAUCCCAUUCAAAAUAAAUUCUUUAGUCAGGAUCAAAGUAUCAUACAUUUAUUAUGUACUCUUUAAUUAAACAUUUGUUUUCUGUUAAAUUGAUUUUGACUAAUGAAAUUAUUUGCUUCUUGUUAACAUCCUUAACUUUUUGCCGGAUAUAUUUUUUUGCCAUUCCUCACCACAAACCCUUUCGGCGGGGGAUACCAAUUCAUCGAAUUUGCUUGUUUCAUUUGUAUCUAUCAUUGUAUUGAUAUUGUAUUUAAGAAAUAAUAAAUCUGUUCCUAUAUUUUAUCAGUUAAUAAAAUAUGGGCAGGAGUUUGGAUGCGUAAUAAUUAAAUCACGAGUGCAUAGCCAGGUGAUUUAAUUAUUCGCAUUCAAACGACUGCCCAUGUUUUAUUAAUUGAUAAAAUUAUUGGAACAUAUUUAUUAUUUCGAUUCUAACAACGCAAAUAAUUCGCAUUUUACAGUACUAUAUUUUCAGCGUAAUACGUCAUUCGGGUCAUAUGCUGUUACAAUUUACCCCCUAUGGUUAGAAAGAGUUGCAUAGCCAAUGGAACGUAUAGAUAUUUGUUUUUUUGUAUCAGAAUUUUGAGAAGUAUUUAUGAUUUAGUAAUCUAACAGCUCGCAAACUAAUUAUGAAGAGAAUCAUCAAAUUAGGCGAGUUGACCCUGUGUUACAAGUUACGAGCUUAACUUUAUAUGACGUCACAUCAUUAUGACGUCAUACUUUAUGUCAUACAUUUAUGACGUCACCGCUGAAUCUUUAUUAAGCUAAUUGAAUUCGCUUGUAGAGAUCGAAACGUGUUUUACUGUCCUACACAUAAGUCAGUAUGACAUUUUAUCAUAUUUAUGUUUUUGAGAUGCUGUUUUCAACCGUUUGGCCCUGAAAUAAUUUGUAUGUAAUGGAACUGAAGUAGAAUAUCUUAUGCCACAAUCAUAGGGGGUGAAAUGUAACAGCCAACCAUAUUUUAUCGUAGAUUCAUGUUUUGCUAUAUGUUUAUAUACCAAUUGCUGCAGAUCGUGUUAGAAUACAUAAUAUUAUAUGACUAUGAUAUGAAAUAAAUAUAUAAACCUUAA